AAAUCUAUUUUACGAGCAAAAAUUAUGGAUAAUUGUAAGCUUAAAGGUUGUGACGUGAUUGGUCAAAAUGAAAAAGCUGUUGCUUGGUGGAAACAGAAACUGUCUGGUCUUGCUUUGGUUAAUCUUCCAGUUGAUUACAUUAACCAAGAUUUGUCUUUAACUGUUAAAUCCAAUUCUUUAAAGAAAAUUUUAAAUCCCAAAUUAAGUAAAUCGAUAGUGGAUUACAUUAAUAAACAACAAUUGCGUCCAAUUGCUUUUUUAGAUGCAGCCUUUAGAGUCUUGCUUUAUAGAUAUUCCCAACAAACGGAUAUUACUUGGUCGGUUACUUGUUGCUCAAGGAAACCUGAGUCAACAAAAACAGUAUCUCGACUGGUUAGUGAUGGUGCCUUUAAUUUUGGUUACUUCUGUCAACAAGUCCAAUCGUUUUACAAUCAGUUGUUGGACAACCAUGAUCAGCUGUUGUCGGUGCCUGUUGAACAAAUUGCCAAAUCAAUUGAAGCCAAAGCGUUGAAUGUACAUCUUAUUGGACCGUUAACUGGCAAGGAUGGAUCGACGAAAGAAAAUGGUUUGUUGGACAAACAGUGGACGAAAAAUCUUGAUGAUUAUGACUUGGUUGUUCGAAUGGAUUUUUCUGAAGACAAUCGCCUUGGAAUUUAUUACUGUUUCAAAGGCAAUCUUUUCAAAGGCUCAACCAUUGAUCGUUUAUCGGAGCAUUUUGUUAAUCUUCUUGAUUCUUUGAUCAAUAAUUUGUCUUUUAAAUUGGAUGAUCAUGUAUUAAUGGAUAAAGAAGAACUUUCGCUUCUUGAAAGUUUCAAUCCUGAUUAUCCCGCCUCUGUUGGACAAAGGCUUUUCAUUGAAAUGUUUUAUCAAAGAGCUGAUUCUCAAACUUAUUUCCAUGCGAUCAAGGAACAAUCUCGAGCUGUAACUUACAAAGAACUCAAUUUCAAGUCCAACCAACUGGCAAACUAUUUAUCUAAUAAAUAUGCUGUUAAAUGUGGUGAUAUGGUUGCUAUCAUGUUGCCUCAAGGAAUUGACAAUUUUAUUUCACUAUUGGCAGUUUUAAAACUUGGGGCUGCUUUUGUCCCGCUUGGUAUUGACUAUCCUGGAGAUCGGGUGAAAUUCAUUUUAUCAGACUGCGAUUCUCCUCUAUUGAUUACUGAAAAUCAUUUAAUGGAACAAGCUUCGGUGACUUAUGAUAAGACAUUGUGCUUUUCAGUUAUCGAAAAGGAUUCAAACCUGGAAAGUGGCAAGAAUUUACCAAUAUUUUCUUCUCUCGAUGACCUAGCUUACUGUAUGUACACUUCAGGAUCAACUGGCCAGCCAAAAGGAGUAUUAAUCAGUCAAAGGACAAUCAGUUAUAUGGCUACUAGUUUAAAGGAAAUUUUCGAUGUCAACGAAUUAACUAGAUCAUCACUUAUAUCAAAUACAGCAUUUGAUGCCGCAAUCUGUGAAUCAUUUCCUACUUUGGUUAACGGUGGCAUUUUACUUCUUCCAGAUCCAGAGAAAAGGUAUAAUUAUCGAUAUUUAGUUGACUGGUUGAUCCAAGAAGAUAUCAACUACUGUUACUUGCCAGCAAAAAUACUGGAUAUGAUUUUUGAAAGUGAUUUACAUCUAGAGAUCAAGCACAACAUUAAAAUUUGGGCAUCCGGUGAGCCACUGGGCAUGGUAAAAGUAUCCAGUUCAUCAAACAUUGAAGUUUUUAAUGUGCUUGGAAUGACUGAGCUGACUCCGUUGACUUAUGUUUUAGUCAACUCACUGUUAGAACGGGGUGAUUUUGUUAAACCUCCUGUUGGUAGACCAGUUCCUGGAGUCAAAGUGUACAUUUGUGAUUCUUUUGGUCGUCCAUGUCCGAUUGGUGUUAUUGGUGAAAUUUAUUAUUCAUCGCCAUUGAUUGCACAAGGUUACCAUAAACUGCCCGAACAAACAAAAGUGAAAUUUUUACCAGAUUCUUUUAACCCACAUGUUGAAGGAUCACGCUUAUUGCGAUCAGGUGAUUUAGCUCGGUGGCGGGAAGAUGGAUUGAUUGAUUUUUUUGGUCGAGCUGACGAUCAAGUUAAAGUCCGUGGUUAUCGCAUUGAAUUGGCAGAGAUUGAAAAGCUUUUAAAUAACUUCCAAGGAGUCAAACAAUCAAUUGUUUUGGUUAAAAGGAAUCGAGUCAAUGAUCCUAGAAUUGUGGCUUACUUGGUGCUUAUUGAAAUCAAUUCACAACACACUUCAUCUUGGAGAAAAGAUUUCGGCUCAUCUCUUCAUGAAUACCUACGGGCUCAUCUACCAUACUUCAUGUUGCCACAAAUUUUUGUGGUUCCUCAGUUCCCUCUGAACUCUAACGGUAAAAUUGACAAGAAUGAAUUGUUGACUUACAAUGAUUGUGAACCAUUGAUGAGUUCAAUGUUUAGUCAACCAAUUACUAAACUUCAUCGCGAUAUGGUUGAAGUAUGGUCUCGAGUUUUAUCGAUUCCCAGUGAAUCCAUUGGCAUUGACGACAAUUUUUUCGAGCUUGGAGGACAUUCACUCUUAGCAGCAGCCAUAGCUGGUGAACUAAAUGAACCGCCAUAUAGUUGUCCAAUUACUCCAAGAAUGAUUUUAACGCUGGCGACAAUCCGAGCAAUUUGUCAAGUUAUUGAACAAGAUUCUUCGCACUGUCAACUUCAACCCAUUGUUGUAUCGCAAACUACAAGAGAAGUUGCUUUGAGCUCAGCUCAAUCAUGGCUCGCUUUAUUUGAAUUAGGAUUUAAAGGUAAAGGAGUAACUAACGAAUUAUUCUACUUCAAAGUUCCAACUGAUCUACACUGGACCCAAGUUAACGAAGCACUAAAUUAUAUUAUAAAACGUCACGAAUCAUUGCGCAUUGUUUUAAAUUUAAUUAAAGCAAACAAGAUUCGCCAAUCAGCUGCUCCAUUCGUCCCAAUCACUAUUCAAGUUACCAAUUGUUCAUCACUGGAUGAAGCUGUUGCUCAUGGAAAGCGAUUACUCUUCUCGCUCGACAAAGUUUUCAACGGUCAACCUUUGGUUAAAUUCAACUUUAUUCAACUCCCAAGUGAUCGUUUGAUUCUUAUGGUCGCCAACCAUAUAAUCAUGGACGGAAUAUCCUACCAAGUAAUAUACCAAGAACUUGGAAUAUUGUUUGAUGCAAUAAAAACUGGUUCACCAAUGAAUUUACCUGAAGUGAAAAUUGCCUUUUUAGACUAUAUUAACUGGGAAAAUCGUGUAUUUUUCCAGGAUAAAGCUUUAAUGGAUAAAGCACAGAAAUUUUGGCUUCAACGCCUUAAAGGAUUUCAAGCCCCGCGUCUUCCUUUGCUUAUUGAUUCACUUCUUUGUAUUGGCGAUGAUACACACGCUAAUUAUCUCUGGUUUGAUUUAGCAAUUACUCAUAAAAUCGACACAAUUUUGAAGGAAUACAGAACAACUCUUUUUGUCUUUACGCAAACCAUGCUAGUGGCCUUGUUGCAUUUAUACACUGACUCAACUGACAUAACCCUUCACCAAGCAGCUCGUAGUGUCAAUCAUCAUUGGGCCCUUUCAUUGGUCGGGAAUCUUGCUGUUGUAAAUUACUCCAGAAUCCAGUGGACAGGCGACAUCACUUUUGUUGAUCUUUUACGUUUAACACAUAACUACAUCAUGAAGGAACAUGAAUUCAGAUUUUAUUCCUUUCACGAACUUUUACGUACAAUUUCUGAAUCGCUUAAGGGGGAUAAUGAUGACAUUUACAAUGAAUUCAAUCAGAUUUUACCAAUUACGAUUAGCCAAAUCUUUGAUUGUGAUGAACCUUUAGAGUUUUUAGAAGCCAUUCAUAGAUCCGCUUACGUUUUGAACGCUCUAAUUGUUCAGUUUAUGAAAGUUCAAGAAAGAUAUACAAUUGUGUUAAAUUUUGCUAAAAAUGGGUUUGAUAAAGAGAUGAUCAAUGAGAUUUCUGAGAAUGUCGAAUAUUUUGUCAAGAGAAUUGCUGAUAAUCCAAAUAUGCUUUUACCUCAAUAUUUUGAAGAAUCAAGAAUCACCAAGUGGCGUUGAUAUUUUAUGCCAUUUUCAGCAAUUGAUAACGUAUUAUCAUUUUAUGAAUGCUUCCAGAUGGAACUUGGACGUUAUUUGGGUAAUCAAAUGAUAGAGGACACUAGUAAUCUUGGAUCCUCUACUUUUCGAAUUUAAUUUAGUUUCCUUGUCAGGCAAAUCAAGACUUUCAUUGAAUAUUUUCAACUGAAAUAAUUUUCUUCAUAAAAAGAUGUCAAUGUGAGGAAAAUUUGUUUUUUUCAAAUUUCAUCAUUUAAACACAAAAUAAAUAUGAUUAUUGAGCCAAAGCAGAAUCAGUUUUGUGAAGCAGGUAAUUGCCUCUUAUUAUUAUAAUUAUCGGUUUGAUUGAAUAAUUCGAACCAGAAUAAGAGCGGACAAAAUUGAAUAUUGUUUUGGAGGUUACACACAGUUGACAUUUGGCCAUUAAACUUAACUAAGUGAUUAAACAUAUGAUAAAACUACAUGUGAGCGGAAGAAAUUUACUAUUGUUUGAAAGGUUACACUCAGUUGCCAUUAAACUGGCGUUUAACCAUUGACUGAUAUGUGAUGAAUAAAA